CCCUUCUCGCCGUCUCUCCUCUUCGCAUCGUCUUCCUCCGCCUUCCCCGAAUCCCCCGCUCCCCGACACCACACCGCGAGAUCCUCCUCUUCCAGAUCAAGCACCCACCCUACCUAGGGUUUCCACCCCGCCAUGGCCGAGGUCGCCCGCGCCUCGGCUUCCCCACCUCCCGCCUCCGCCUCCACCGGCGGCGACCGCAAGCGUGGCCGCUCCUCCCCGUCGCUCCCGCCGCCGCCGCCCGGGCCCCCUCCGCAGGUCCCGCAUGGGAGCAAGAGGCACCGCAGGGACGAGGGGGGCGGGGGCGGGUUCGAUCGGCGCCGCCUCGGGCCGGGAGUAGGGUACGACAACCCGGACGAUAGGAGGUAUGGAAAUGAUCAUGGUGGUGCAGGAGGAAGAGGUGGAUAUGGGGAUGAGAGAGGUCAGGGUAGAAACUUCAAUCGUGCACCAGAUUGGACUGAUUCUGGACGUGGUGGAUGGAAUGAUGGCCCGGCUAACUCUCGUAGGGAAGGCCUCAUGUCUUACAAGCAGUUCAUGCAGGAGCUUGAAGAUGAUGUUUCGCCUGAUGAAGCUCAACACAGAUAUGAGGAGUACAAGUCAGAGUACAUAACAACUCAGAAGAAAGCGUACUUUGACCUUCAUAAGAACGACGACUGGCUGAAAAACAAGUACCAUCCGACUAACCUUGAAAUUGUCAUGGAAAGAAGGAAUGAACUUGCACGAACUGCUGCAAAUCAAUUCCUCCAAGAUUUGCAGAAUGGGAGUUUAGACAUUGGUCCAGGAUUAACAAGUUCUGCAACAAACAAAUCUGGGAAUAGCGUAGAUGAUACGGAUGCUAAUGGAAAAAAGGGGAAACUUGGAAAGAGCCAAGAUGAUUUAUAUUAUGCUGCUCCUAAGGCUCAUCCAGUUAGCUCUGAGCCCCGUCGAAUUAGAAUUGACGUUGAGCUAGCUCAAGCUCUCAUUUGUAAACUUGAUUCAGAGAAGGGUAUUGAGAAUAAUGUUCUGUCAGGUAGUGAUCAUGACAGAGCAGAGAAAGAUAAGUCACAUGGUUCAAUGGGACCAAUCGUAAUAAUACGGGGUUCAUCUGCUGUAAAGGGUCUUGAGGGUGCUGAGUUGCUGGACACUCUUGUUACCUAUUUGUGGCGUAUCCAUGGUGUGGAUUACUAUGGGAUGUCUGAGACAAAUGAGCCCAAAGGUCUAAGGCAUGUGAAAGCAGAUUCAAGGACGUUUAAUGGGGCUAGCUCAAAUGCAGCUGAAUGGGAGAAGAAACUUGAUUCCUUCUGGCAAGAUAGGAUUCAAGGCCAGGAUCCAAUGGAAAUAUUGAAAGCAAAGGAUAAGAUUGAUGCAGCUGCUAGUGAAGUGCUGGAUCCACAUGUGAGAAAAAUAAGGGAUGAAAAGUAUGGAUGGAAAUAUGGCUGUGGAGCUAAGGGCUGCACAAAACUUUUCCAUGCCCCUGAGUUUGUCCAGAAGCAUCUCAAACUCAAACAUGCGGAUUUGGUUAGGGAACUGACUUCGAAAGUGAGAGAAAAUAUUUAUUUUGAUAACUAUAUGAGUGAUCCCAAGGCACCUGGUGGGAUGCCUAUCAUGCAGCAACCUGCUCCAAGGGAGAAAGUCAGACAGCGGCCACCAAUAGAGAGUCGGCUGAGAGAUGAGCGUGGCAAUCGUAGGUUUGAUAGAAAUGAUUCACCAACCCAUGAUGGAUCCAGUGACAACCCUGAUGAUGCAUAUGAUUCUUAUGGUGAUCCGGUUAUGCAUGGCGCCUUUCCUCCGGAUAUUCCUGCUCCUCCAGUGUUGAUGCCUGUGCCUGGUGCUGGCCCACUAGGACCAUUUAUUCCUGCACCACCUGAAGUUGCUAUGCGUAUGAUGAGAGAUCAGGGUGGACCACCACCUUUUGAGCCAACUGGUGGUCCACGUCCUAGGAGACCAGGGAGGGGUGGUCUUCCAAUGGGUGGCCCAUCACCAAUUCUUGCUGCUCCUUUACCACCCCCUCAUAUGCAUGAUCCACGCAAAAUACGAAGCUAUCAAGACCUUGAUGCUCCUGAAGAUGAAGUGACUGUUAUGGACUACCGAAGCUUGUAGAGGAAUUGGAGACACGAUCCUUUUUUGUAUCUGGGAAACUGUAGGUAAUAUUACAGACCGCAACAAGACGGCAUUCAUUUCUAGAUUUUUUUGUGAACGCAAACAGGUAGGACUUUGAGGUUCGGAGCUCUGUUACUGUCUGUAAAAUGGAUCACAGGAAAACCUGGGACAAGGAGCAUAUUCUCAUUCACCAAUCACCACUCACCUGAAAAGAAAACAUUGUGAAGUUUGUUCUUUGCAAAAAAGUUCCUAGCACUGUCCAUUCCAACCAAAUGUCUACAAGCCUGCCAUAUCAUCAGGUAUUCGUACCGUAUUUGUAUAUUCAGCUACUGGGUGUGAGUAGAUUGGAACCUGAUACAUCGGCGUAUGCACAGACUUUCUAUGAAGCCCGUUAUGAAGAACAUUUGUUCCCCAUCUGCUAAGUUUGAGUUCAACCUUGUCAGCUUGAAGAGUGUCCCAGUUCACCAGUCAGUAUUGUAUCAGUUCUUGCCAUUUGAUCAAGCUUAGUGUUGUCCCAUUCCUUACCAUUGAUGAAGCUUCUGUCAAAAUGGGAAUAUAUACACCUCGGAUGACUGAAGAAUGACUAAAGUCACCUGCAUAUAUUAGCAGAAUAAAAGAAAAAACUAUUGGCCAGGAAGAUUGUUUUUUAAAAAA